AUGUCACAGUUUGAGAUAUUCACAGGUCAGGCAACAUCGGAGCCAUCGAUGGACAAAUCACAGGAUCUUCUCGCUCAACUACGGUAUCAAUUGAAGCAACAACAGGAAGAAUUGCUUCAACAACAGCGGGAGUUGCUUUUGCAACAACAAGAGCAGCACCACCACGACCUCAACGUCGACCUCGGCCAUCAGGGACUACCGCAUGGCACCCGAUUUUCAUCGACAUCGACGUCGACGUCAAUAUCGAACCCGUACUGGAGCUUUACACAGGGUUUGGUCAUAGGCCAGCUCAGCGUGAUACUAAUAAUCAUCAUAUUUGUCAAGUUUUUCGUGUUUGCCGACUCGUCAUCAGCAUCGUCGAAAUCGAUUAUACGCGAUGCCUCGGGUGUCAUAGUCAAGAGAGAUAAAAAGCUGGCUACAGCAGCUGGUUCAACCGGCUCUGCCACCACCAAAUCCAAAAGUAAGAGCAACGCCAUGGCCAACGAGCGGUAUUCUCAUUUGGACGCUGCUGCUGAGCUCCCCACUACAGAUGAUGAACGAUUGUUCAAUAAUCGAGCCAAGGUCUCGAGCAUUUUGGAAAAGACAUAUUACGACGUCAACAACCACUCGUCGGAAUCAUUGGACUGGUUCAAUGUCUUGAUAGCCCAGACUAUAUCGCAUUUGAGAACCGAGGCGUUAUUAGCUGAUAAUAUCUAUCAUCUGCUAAAUGAUUUCUUGGAAACUAAUGAACUACCGGAGUAUUUGGACAAGAUCACUUUGACUGAAAUCGACGUUGGUGACGAUUUCCCAAUUUUCUCAAACUGUAGAAUCAAGCAAAGCGAUGAAGAUACCUGUAGGUUGGAAGCCAAGAUCGAUGUCGAUUUGUCAGACACGUUAACCUUGGGCAUUGAAACUCGCUUGCUUUUAAAUCAUCCCAGACCACUAACUGCCAUUUUACCCGUGGCCCUAACGAUUUCCAUCGUGAGGUUCUCGGGCUGUUUAACUGUAUCGCUUGUGAACACCAAUGAUCAAGAAUUUGUAUUGGACCAAAUUGAUCAAAAUGGACUUCAACCCCCGCAAUCGAGUACUGAGUCCAGAGGAAACAAAGAUAAAGCCAAAGUCAACGAUGCAACCAGCAAUGCCAAUCCUGGAGGCGCAGGCACAGCGUUGAUGUUUUCAUUUUCACCAGAUUACAGAUUGGAAUUUGUUGUGAAAUCCUUGAUUGGUUCAAGAGCUAAAUUACAAGAUGUACCAAAGAUUUCAUCGUUAAUUGAAAACAAAUUGAAAACUUGGUUCCUUGAAAGAUGUGUCGAACCUCGAUUCCAAGUAGUUAGGCUUCCUUCACUUUGGCCCCGAACCAAAAAUACUCGCGAGCCUCCAAAAUCAAAAGACGGAGGAGCAAGACCCGGAGCAGACGAUAAGUAG